GUUUUGGCUUGUGACCAAGGAAGAUGGGCACAUGGUUACAGCACGCCAGGAGCCACGGCUGGUCCUCAUUUCUGUCAGCUGUGAAAAUGGGCACUUGACCUUGGAUGCCCCAGAAAUGAAGCAGCUGUGCUUGCCUAUAAAGCUUCCCAGGAAAAACCCCGUGCAGAACUGCAGGGUGUUCGGACUGGAUAUCCAAGGCAGGGACUGUGGAGAUGAAGUGGCUCAGUGGAUCACCACUUUCCUGAAUUCAGAGCCAUAUCGUCUGGUGCACUUUGAGCCCUCCAUGGUGCCAAGAAGGCCAAAGGACAUAAUAAACCUUUUCCGAACCACAGAUGAGAUUGCCUAUCCUGACUGUAGCCCAGUCUUGAUGCUCUCAGAAGCUUCACUGGAAGAUCUAAAUGCCAGGCUGGAGAAGAAAGUUAAGAUACAGAACUUCAGGCCAAAUAUUCUUGUGACAGAUUGCAGUGCUUUUGAGGAGGACACCUGGGAGGAGAUUCUUAUUGGCGAUGUGGAGAUGAAAGGGACAGUGUGUUGUGCCAGGUGUAUUUUAACAACUGUUAACCCAGACACUGGGGUCCUGGACAGGAAGGAGCCCCUGGAAACGUUGAAAAGUUACCGCUUAUGUGAUCCGUCUGAGCGACACAUACACAAAUCCAGCCCUCUCUUUGGAAGAUACUUUGCCGUUGACAAAACUGGAACAAUUCAAGUUGGAGACCCUGUGUACAAGAUGGUCCAGUAA